AUUGCGUAUGGUACAUGCGACACAUAUCACAUUAAAAAGAAAGCGCAAGUCGUCUAGUCGUAAUGAAUUCUCGAGGUAUCCACUCUCAGCUGCAAGACAGCGUACCAGUGACUGGCUUGUGUCCACCGGGGUCUUAUGGCGUUCAUGAUUCGCUACGCAAUGGCUUCAACAAUGUAAAGAAUGAGAUCCUUCCUGCCCAUCCACUGGAGCUGUCAGAAAAAAAUUUCCAGCUGAACGAGGACAAGAUGAAUUUCUCUACCCUCAGAAACAUCCAGGGUCUUCACGCCCCACUCAAAUUGCAGAUGGAGUAUAGGGCAGCGAGACAGAUCCAGCGUCUGCCGUUCUUGCAGAGCUCCAACCUAGCGCUGGAUAUACUCCGAGGCACUGAUGAAUCCAUUGGUUUUGAGGAUAUCCUCAAUGACCCAGCACAGAGUGAAAUGAUGGGUGAGCCGCACAUGUUGGUGGAAUGCAAGCUGGGUUUGUUUUAGAUGAUAGAUUCAUGUUAUUGUAUGUUUGUUUAAUCUGAUGAAAGUAAGGUGACCAGCAUUGCUUUUCUAUUACUUCAAACUGGUUGGCAAUUACAAUAAAUGUCACGAAAGAUGCU